AUGUCACGUCACCAGCCGCGUAUUAUCGCUUCAGCCCCAACGAUACUACUUUACGACGCCGCUGGCCCAAAUAUUCAGCCUUGGGCUCCGAAUAUAUGGCGCAUUCGAUUUAUACUAAACUAUAAGCGCCUUCGCUAUCGUACUAUAUGGGUCGAAUUUCCUGAUGUCGAAGCCACUGUACGAUCAAUGGGUGCCCCGCCCAGUGCUGUUCGAGGCGAUGGUCGCCCCGUCUAUACUCUUCCCGUAAUUGUAGAUCCCACGAGAAACCCCGCCGCUCCCCAGAUCCUCUCCAACACCAACACGAUCGCCGAGUACCUCGAAUCGACAUACCCUGCUCGACCUGUCUUUCCCCAGGGAUCUCGUGCACUCCAAACACUCUACGUCCACUACAUACAAGAAGUCUUCGUGAAGCCCCUCCUCCCCAUCAUGGUCCCACUCAGCCACCAGCGCCUUCCGGAACGAAGUCAGUCGCAUUUCCGAGCGUCUGACACCCCGAGCCCUCCUGGGCAAGCUUUUCCUCCCGGCCCACAGCGCGAGGCUACAUGGAUGGCGGUCAAGGAGCAAUUCGACUUUCUCGCCAACGUGUUGGCUAAAAACACCGGGGAUGGGGAUGGGGUGGUCGCGAUGGGUCGAGAGGUUUCCUACGCGGAUUUCGCGGUCUGUUCGGUGUUGAUUUGGAUCGAACGUAUGGCGCCGAAAGAUGGCUGGUCGAGGGUAAGGACUUGGAACGGCGGUCGAUGGUGCCAGCUGUGGGAACGGUGUCGACCCUACAUGGAUGAGUGCUAA